UGUUUAGCUCGAAAUCACAACCUGUCAUCCCAUACGCCCCUCUGCACUUCUUGUGGGCUUAUCCUCUGCGCGCUACAACCGCCUUAUUUUCCUUGCCCACACUGCUCUUCUCCCCUCCUCACGCCAUCCCAGCAGCUGUCGCACCUCUCUUCCCUCGCACUCCAACUCUCCGAAACUCUCGAACGCGAAGAAAACCAACGAUUGCAAGCCAUUGAAAAUGCAAAGAAAGCCGCAGGCGCAUUCCCUGUGCUCGGUGCCACAAUC